UUUAUUUAUUUAUUUUAAUUUUCCAAAACAUACGCUCUCUCUCUCAUCUCAAAAAUGGAACCCAAUGACAACCAGCUCAGCUCCUACUUCCACCACCAUCAACACCACCAUCAAAGUCCCACCACAUCGCCGACCAAUGGCCUUCUACCCUCCACCCACCACCUCUCCUCCGCCGACGCCACCACCCACGUCCUUUACCCUCACUCGGUUCCCUCCGCCGCUGUCUCCUCCUCUCCUCUCGAGCCCGGUCGCCGGAAGAGAGGUCGCCCGCGGAAGUACGGCACGCCGGAGGAGGCUUUAGCGGCUAAGAAAGCUGCUACGGCGUCGUCUCACUCUUCCUCCAAGGCCAAGAAGGACCUCGUUUCUUCCUCUUCUCUUAAUGCCGUUUCCGCUUCUUCGAAGAAAUCUCAAUUGGCUGCACUUGGUAAUGCAGGCCAAGGUUUUGCGCCACAGGUUAUUGAUGUGGCAGCUGGUGAGGACGUGGGCCAGAAAAUUAUGCUGUUUAUGCAACAAUGUAAGCGGGAAAUCUGUAUCCUUUCCGCAUCUGGUUUGGUCUCCAAUGCAUCUCUCCGUCAGCCGUCCUCAUCCGGUGGCAAUGUUACAUAUGAGGGCCGUUUCGAGAUUGUUUCGUUAUGUGGAUCUUAUGUACGAACUGAUAUUGGAGGAAAGACUGGUGGUCUUAGCGUAUGUUUGUCGAGUGCUGAUGGCCAUAUCAUAGGAGGGGGAGUUGGUGGACCGUUGAUGGCUGCUGGACCCGUGCAGGUUAUUGUUGGUACUUUCAUAAUCGACCCGACAAAGGAAGCUGGUGGUGGGAUUAAAGGCGAUACAUCUGCUGGCAAGUUGUCCUCACCCACUGGUGGGACAUCGAUGUCAGGUCUACGCUAUGGUUCGAACAUCGACUUGGGAGGUAAUCAAGUCGGGGGAAACAAUGAGCACCAAGGUAUCGGGGAGAGUCAUUUCUUGCUUCAACCCCGGGGAGUGAACCUGACAUCUCCUCGAUCCAACUGGAGAACAGGUCUGGAUGGCACCACCACUGCUUAUGAUUUUACAGGAAGAACAGACCAUCAUUCUCCCGAAAACGGAGAUUACGAUCAGAUUCCUGAAUGAGAGUUAACAUACGAGACGAGACAAGACGUGACUGCAAAGUAUGUGGUAGAUAAAUGUACAAUAUCAACCGCUGCAACGCCAGCAAUCUUCGCUUCACUGUGUUAGCUAAUUCUGUGGUUGUAGUAUGCACCAUACUGUAAAGGUGAUAGCAAACUCUUCAGAAGUUUUUAUCCUUCCAUCCAUCCACACCUUUCAUGGUGUACUUGAAUGUCUAAUUCUAAUUCUCCUGUUUUCUCCCCUUUAGAUGAACAAGUUCGGUGUAGUUGUUACAGUUUGCAAUCUGCAAUUUGAUCAUAUAAACAAACCCCUAGGGUGAUUUAGAAUCAAAUCUCACUUUUCUAUUGCA